AGGAAGCUGACGCAGCUCGGUUAGGCUGCAGCUGCGGGUACAAUACGUAAUGCCUCUAUAACACUUUGAGUCAGAGUCCAGCAACCUGGCCUACACCGAUGUGAACGUUGUGAACGUACACAAAGAUACUCCUUCAUGUUCCACGGCCCCACCAUCCGCUCAAGACACAAAGGACAGCUCAAGCCCAGGCUAGGCCCGAACCCCCGCCCUCUCAAUCACCUUGCUCUGGCCCGACCGAAAUUUCAGGCCUACAGGGCACUGUUGGCCGAACCCACAUUUUGUUACCGAUUUUCUUUCGAGUUCCGGUGUCUCCCAGUCUUCUUUCUGUCCUUCUUCUCGGAAACAUUACGUCCCCCUGGGGUCACCCUAAGACUCUACUUCAGCAGGCAAACAGGCCCGGAGCUCACGGAGGAGACCCCGCCAGCGGAAGCGGAAAUGGUUGCUUAGAGAAAAGGAGGAAAACUACCUCUCGCAGCUGCCCAGUGGCUACAGGUCCUCGGUUAAGGUGUUCAAUUGGUCAACACAAAAGAAGGACUUCCCCUUCGGGAGAACUCCGACCAAUCAAAGGGCAGGAUGGCGGAUAGGGCUGGGGGCGGGCCGCUUCCGGCGGCUUUUCCCGCAGCUCCUGCGUAAAGGAGCAUGAGAGCGUGGGAGUUUUGCAGUGGCCGUUGCGUUCUUCGUCGCGUCUCGGUCGGGCGUCGCUUUCUGCAGCUCCUGUCAGGGAGCGCGAGGCCUGUUAUUAACCGCAGAGCGCUUUGUCACGAAGUCCCUGUGGCGUCUUGAAGAAGGCAUUCCCCACCCGCCAAAUGGCGUCCAUGCCCCCGACGCCCGAGGCCCAGGGACCAAUGCUCUUUGAGGAUCUGGCUGUGUAUUUUUCUCAAGAGGAGUGCGUGACUCUGCACCCUGCCCAGAGGUCCCUCAGCAAAGAUGGUACAAAAGAGUCUUUGGAGGUUGCGGCUUUGAUGGGAGAGGAAGGCAAGCCUGAGAUUAAUCAGCAGUUAAGCCUAGAGUCUAUGGAACUUGACGAGCUUGCCUUAGAAAAGUACCCCAUGGCUGCACCCCUUGUCCCUUACCCAGAAAAAUCCUCUGAGGAUGGAGUUGGAAACCCUGAAGCGAAAAUAUUAAGUGGAACUCCCACUUACAAGAGAAGGGUCGUCAGCCUUUUAGUUACCAUUGAAAACCACACCCCAUUAGUAGAACUCUCUGAAUAUUUAGGAACCAACACACUUUCUGAAAUUCUUGAUUCUCCCUGGGAAGGAGCCAAAAAUCUGUACAAAUGUCCUGAGUGUGACCAAAACUUCAGCGAUCAUUCAUACCUGCUUUUGCAUCAGAAAAUUCAUUCAGGAGAGAAAAAACAUAAAUGUGGUGACUGUGGAAAGAUCUUCAAUCAUAGAGCCAACCUGAGGACACACAGGAGAAUCCAUACUGGUGAGAAACCUUAUAAGUGUGCCAAGUGCAGUGCCAGCUUUCGUCAGCACUCUCAUCUAUCCCGACACAUGAAUAGCCAUGUAAAGGAGAAGCCCUAUACAUGUAGCAUAUGUGGUAGAGGUUUUAUGUGGCUCCCAGGAUUGGCACAGCAUCAGAAAAGCCACAGUGCUGAAAACGCCUACGAAUCUACUAACUGUGAUAAACAUUUUAAUGAGAAACCAAAUCUUGCUUUGCCUGAGGAAACAUUCGUAUCAGGCCCCCAGUACCAGCACACUAAAUGCAUGAAGAGCUUCAGGCAGUCCUUAUAUCCUGCCCUUUCCGAGAAGAGCCACGACGAGGACUCUGAACGCUGCAGCGAUGAUGGGGACAAUUUCUUCUCCUUCUCAAAAUUCAAGCCCUUACAGUGUCCUGACUGUGACAUGACCUUUCCUUGUUUCUCUGAGCUUAUUUCCCAUCAGAACAUUCAUACAGAGGAAAGGCCCCAUAAGUGCAAAACAUGCGAGGAAAGUUUUGCUUUGGACUCAGAACUUGUAUGCCACCAGAAGAGCCACAUGCUAGCGGAACCUUUUAAAUGUACCGUGUGUGGGAAAACUUUCAAGUCGAAUUUGCAUCUCAUUACUCAUAAGCGAACUCACAUAAAAAACACAACGUAAAGUAAAUAUAACAACUUGUUAUUAGUGAUUGGGCUUUUCAGUAUCUGUAUGGUGGGAAGCAGUUACUGUAUAUGUCCCAGGCAAUGUGCUAAGCACUUUACACACAUUCCCAUGUAAUACUUAAUUCUCACCACAACCUUGAUUUAGGCAGUAUCAUUUCCAUUUUAUAACUAGGGGCGCAAAAUCCAUGUCACUAAACUAGUGAAUGAACCCAGGAUUUGAACUCAGUUACUGUACAACUGUGAGCCAGAAAAAGAUACACAACUUUUGUUUAAAUUCAAUUUUCAUUAAAAUGAAGGCUCUUGCUAAAGUUAUUUUAAUUUUGUUUACGUAGUUUCUAACUUUUAGACGAGGAGAAUUUAUUUAUAUUUUGCCAGUUCUGCAGACAUAUCUAGGAAAGUAAAUGCUUUUAUAUGUUUUAUACUUUUUUUUGCUAUAACUAUGUGAAUGUAAUACUUGUAUAAGAUUGCUGUUUUACAUGUGAAUUCCCAUAGGCAUUUAGAAGUUUUUUUCUGCCCUGUAAAAGUUCCCAAAUGGGUAGACUAGUUUAUAUUUUGAUGGCCAUUAGUAUCCAGAGUUCUCUGUCAUGGUUCUGAUGCCAGGGGCACAUACUGGCAUUUAGGACCCAAUUGUUUGCAAGGAGUUUUGGAAGUCUAACUGCAGCCCUUUUCUGGAGGCUGGACUUGACUUGGGGAGGGGGAGAAGUACUUGCUCUUUUCUAAGAUUUGCCUCCAAAUCGCUACUGAAGCACAUUACCUGUCUUACUAUGAAUAAUUGUAAUUGUUUCUCAGUGAGCAUGCUAGCUACUUUAGAUAUAUUAUGUAAUUUAAUCUUCAGAAUCUGUGACAGAGAAAAAAAAUCUUUGUUUCAUAAACGAGGAAACUGAAGUCCUCAGAGGGUAAAGUCAGUUCUUUGCCCAGCACACAAAUCACAUUGUGGUGAAACUGACAUUAAGCUUGGGUCUCUCUGACUCCAAAGGCCAUGCAGUCUGCAAGACUGCGGCAUUUGUUGGCAUUUGCACCACGUAGUAGCACUGCAGGCAGCCAGGGAAAGGGGAGCUGAGAUAGGUGAGGGUGGUCCUCGUGGAGGCGAUUCUGUGUGCUUGCAUCCUGGAACCCCUUCAUUCCCUUUGUGCUGUACCCAAAGCCUGACUAACAUAUACAGUUACAAAGCAGCAGAAGAAUCUCCAGGACUUCAGGUUUGAAUUCUUGUCCCUCUAAUCAGAUGAGAGAUUUCACACUUGGCAGAGUACAAUACUGAAGGUCUUAAUUGGGUUUUGGUUUUUUAAAAAACACCCAUAACAUUUCCUCUCCAUCUCCAAAGAAAAUGCAUAUAGAAAAUUGUUAGAUUUUAACCAAAAUACUUGAUAAUAUAUAGAUCUUUAGAUACUGCUAUUAUAGAUAAAUAUUGGAGCAAAAUAUUAUUAAAUAGUAUGGUUAUUAAUGUUAACCACAGAAUGUUGUAAAUAUAGAUUCAUAUACAAUUUCUCAUUAAAGUAAAGUCGAUUGUAUGCCUAUCAGCAAAA